AUGAAGGAUGCUCCUUCUGCUAGUGGUAAGGCAACAGAAGAUGUUGGUUGUGUUGUAACUGCUACUUCUAGUGAAGCAAUAGAUGGGACUAGCUCUAGCAAAAAGCAUAAUGUUCAUGCGACAAUACAAAAUGACCUGAAUAAAGUUGAUGAUGCUACUGCUGGAAAUAAUUCUGCUGCCAUCUCAGUUUCUGAUGGAAACUACCUUGCUAAUAAUUCUGCUGACAUGGUGGAUAUGGUUAAACAUGCUGAGCAUCAGCCUCCUGUCAAGAGGGGUAGAGGAAGACAUACUAAGAAGGGUAGGGUUACUAGUGGUUCAAAGAAUAAAUUUGAAAUCCUUAGUGCUAUUGACCCUGAUAAUCUGUUGGAAAUCUCUGCUGCUGAUUCUGAAAAAAAAAACAGAGAGAUUGUACCAUCAAAUUUAUAUUUGACCAAAGUAUUACUCUUGAGGGUUGUUCGGGGGGGAACUGGUUUCUGUAUUACUACAGUGUAUGGUUCGAAUGAUAGCUCCAUUCGUAAGCAACUUUUGACUCAACUUAACUCUAUGGAAGCUUUUGUUGGAAGUAGGGCUUGGUUAAUAGGUAGUGACUUCAAUGCCAUCUUAAAAGCUGAUGAAAGCUAUGCUAAAGUUAACUCUAGCACUCUGGCUGAUAUUUCUGAAUUCCAGAGCUGUGUGGAGGGAUUGGGGCUGUUUGAUCAUCCUUACACAGCUUCUGAUGUCGAAUUUCAGGCCCUUGGUGAUUCUGAUCACUGCCCAUCACUAAUUUGGUUGUAUAAGGAAAUCCCUACUGAUAUGCCUAAGCCAUUUAAGUUUUUUAAAUUUUGGGCUAUGUACCUUGAUUUCAUGGCCAUUGUCAGGGAAUCAUGGCAGACCCCAGUUAAUGUCAAUCUGAUGAAAUCACUUUACUUAAAGCUUAAAAGGUUGAAGAGAUGCCUCGAAGAUCUUAACAGGAACUGCUACAAUGAUAUUUCGGGGCAAGUUAGGGAUAAAAUGGAGAAAUUGAAGAGUUUGCAGCUUGCCAAUCUCGAUACAUCCACUGCUGGAAGGAAUAUUCAUGCUGAAGUGGAAACUGAGAGGGAAUUAAAGGCCCUUGAGGAGGAUGAGAUGUUAUUUUAUAAGCAAAAAGCUAAAGUGGAUUGGAUUAAAGAUGGUGACCAAGUGGUUGGAUUCUUUGUGAAUCAACUAGGGGUAGCUGACCCUGAGGUUAAGGGUAACAAUGUUAGCACCAUCAAGGAGUUACUUGGCUAUUCUUUGUCAAGGGAUACAGCAGACACCUUAUGCAAGGAUAUCUCUGAUGUUGAGAUUAAGGAGAGAGCUUGGGCUGUAGUAGGAGAAGACUUCUUGGCAAAAAUCAGGUACUAUUUUGACCACUCUUUUAUGCUUCCUUCAUUCAAUGCAACGACUGUUGUGAUAGUUCCCAAAAUCUUGAAUCCAAGCUUAGUAAAAGAUUUUAGACCCAUCUCUUGCUGCUCUAUUGUUUACAAAAAUGUCACUGGAAUUUUAGUGGAUAGACUUUCUUCUGUCUUUCCUGGCAUGAUUUCUAUGAACCAAACAACAUUUGUGAAAGGGAGAAGCAUAGUAGAUAAUACCUUACUAGCCCAGGAACUUGUAAGGGGUUACUCAAGAAAUAAAAUAUCACCUAAAUGUGCACUUAAAAUUGACUUGCAGAAGGGUUUUGAUUCCUUAAACUGUGAGUUUGUAGAUGUGAUCUUGCAUGCUUUGGGAUUGCCUGAUAAGUUCAUUAGCUGGUUAUGGACUUGUUUUGCUAACCCUAGGUACUUUAUUACCUUCAAUGGUAGUCUUGUUGGAUACUUUAAGGGUGCUAGAGGUGUGAGGCAAGGUGAUCCCCUUUCACCUUACAAUUUAGUUCUUGCAAUGAAUGUUCUUUCAAACCUCUUGAAUGUGGCUACUUUAAAGGGGGUCUUUGGUUAUCAUCCUAAGUGCAAAAGGAUUGGACUCACCCACCUUUGCUUUGCGAACGAUCUGCUCAUUUUCUGCAAGGGAUCCAUUGAUUCUGUCAUGGGGAAGGGUCUGAAUGUGCCUGGGGGAUUGGGGCUGCAAGAUGUUGGAAGUUGGAAUAAGUCUUGCAUUGUGCAGCUAAUUAGAAAGCUUUUGGCAAAUGAAGGCUCACUCUGGGUGGCUUGGAUGCACUCCUAUGUAAUUAGGAAUGUUGAUUUUUGGCAGAUGGAAAUCCCUACAAAUGCAAGCUGGAAUUUCAAACACUUGCUAGAAACCAGACAUGAUGUUGCUCACCUCUUCUCGGGUCAGGUUUGUGAUCUGAACACGAGGCAAGUCUGGGAUGAUCUGCGUGCUACUGCUCCUAAAGUAUCUUGGCACCAUUUGGUCUGGUUCCACGGGCGCAUUCCUAAAUUUAACAUCAUAGCAUGGAUGACAAUGCUAAAUAGGCAGCCUACUCGGGUUAGGCUCGUGCAAAUGGGCUUAACUAUUGAAACUGACAAAUGCUUGCUAUAUGGCAUUGUGGCAGAGACAAGAGAUCAUUUAUUCUUUGAGUGCAUCUUUGCUAAAGAGCUAUGGGGAUCCAUUCUUGAACUGUGUGGCAUUUACCGAGGAGUUAGCAGUUGGGAUGGUGAGCUGGCCUGGGCUACUCGUCUUUUUAAAGGCAAGUCCCUCAUUGUAAAGGUUCUAAAGCUUGCUUGGACUGGCCAUUAG